UUCCAGUAUUUACAAUUAGCCUCCAACGACGUCGUUUAAAUUGUCCUGCUUUGGACGUGGGACCCACCUGCUUGCCCUUCGCCAAAGCCACACCCAGACACACACAUAUAUAUACAUAUAUUUAACAGUCUGAAUCUAUCGGGGUUCCAUUUCCAUCAAAACCCGCUCAGAAGUUUCCAAGACUGAGGUCAAUUGUCACUCUGUUCUCUUUUUGUUUCUUAAAGUUUGAGUUGAAGAAGCAAGAGAUAUUGCUUAUCUCAUGUUAAUUAACCGUUGCCGUAAUGGUGGGUUGAAUUUUGUGAAGAGCUGAAUGUUAUCACCCUCUUCCGUGCUGCGAAGACAGCACUUCUUGAUUAGGUCUCUCGGUGGUGGGUACAACAGACAAAGUCAUCUCCAUAAUAGAAUUCAGUCAAUGAAGUCUAUGAGCGAAGUCUCUUUGGAGGCAGAUGCCGAGAACAUCUUGAGAACUAUCACUCCCUCUCUUGACCCUAAGAGGCAUAAAGGCCAGGCAGGAAAGGUAGCUGUUAUUGGUGGAUGCCGUGAAUACACAGGUGCUCCAUAUUUUGCUGCAAUUUCAGCACUGAAAAUCGGUGCUGAUUUGUCCCAUGUGUUCUGUACCAAAGAUGCUGCUCCAGUUAUCAAAAGUUAUAGUCCAGAAUUAAUAGUGCACCCUCUUUUAGAAGAAUCAUAUACCAUUAGUGGUUUAAGUGAUCAGGAGAGAAGAUUCAUCUCACAAAAUGUUCUUGUGGAAGUUGAUAAGUGGAUGGAACGUUUUGAUUGCCUUGUUAUUGGUCCUGGACUGGGAAGGGAUCCAUUUCUUCUGGAAUGUGUUAGUAAAAUCAUGAAGCAUGCAAGAGAGUCAAAUGUUCCAGUUGUUGUAGAUGGGGAUGGGCUGUUUCUGGUAACAAACAAUCUUGAUCUUAUCAGUGGUUAUCCCUUUGCUGUUCUGACCCCAAAUGUGAAUGAAUACAAGCGCCUGGUCCAGAAAGUACUAAAUUGUGAAGUCAAUGAUCAAGAUGGUUGCAAGCAAUUACUUUCCCUUGCCAAACAGAUUGGAGUAACUAUCUUACGAAAAGGAAAAUCUGAUGUUAUUAGUGAUGGUGAGAUAGUUAAAACAGUGAGCAUAUAUGGUUCCCCUCGUCGGUGUGGUGGUCAAGGUGAUAUUCUUUCUGGAAGUGUUGCAGUAUUUCUGUCAUGGGCAUGGCAACAUGUCAAAGCUACGGGAGGAAAUAUGACUAGCAGUCCAACCAAUCCAACCAUGUUGGGUUGCAUUGCUGGUUCUGCUUUGCUGAGGAAAGCGGCGUCUCUUGCUUUUGAGAAUAAGAAAAGAUCAACCCUCACCAGUGAUAUCAUUGAGUGCUUAGGAAGAAGCUUGGAGGAUCUUUCCCCAGCUUGUUAAUCCUGUGGAUUCAAGAAUAGAGUUUAUAGCACAACAGCUUUCAAGAGACUACCAUCUUCAACCUCAGUCUCCUUGCUGUGCACGCAAGUAAACACUAGCAAUAAUUCUCAAGUUGACAAGUACUUCAGAAGAAUAAAGAAAUUUUGAUGGGUGAACUGUUCUAUGUUAUUUUCCCUUUCUCAGAGCUACUUCUCUUUCUUUUUCCUUUUAUUGGGGAGAGAAAAAGACAGACUUGAUGUGAAUUACUAUUCUCGUCGGGUUAAAAGGGCGUUAAAGGGCAGUAUGAUUAGAUUAUGCCAGGCAGUAAGGGUAAGAAGUAUACAUUAUAGUGUUUAAGAUUUUUGCCCGUCUGGAUCAGUUUUAGAAGGCAACUAACUCUAUAUAUAUAUAUAUGUGUGUGUGUGUGUGUGUGUAUUUAUGGUAA